CGGCCAAUCGCGUCGCUCCGUGGCUCCGUUACUUCCUGAUUCCGUCACUUAUCAUCGAGCCCGGAGCGUCACGAGCGCCUUCUCUGCCUUCCCCGCACGAGACAGACACAGCGGCGUCCCCCCCUGCACACAGUCAGGCCCGAAGAUCCAGAACCAUGUCCAUCCUGAAGAUCCACGCUCGUGAGAUUUUUGACUCCCGUGGCAACCCCACCGUGGAGGUUGACCUGUACACCAAGAAAGGUCUUUUCAGAGCUGCAGUCCCCAGCGGUGCUUCCACAGGCAUCUAUGAGGCUCUGGAGCUCCGUGACAAUGACAAAACACGCUACAUGGGCAAAGGAGUCAAAAGAGCAGUUAAAUAUAUAAAUGAAUUCUUGGCCCCUGCAUUAUGUAACCAGGAUGUGAGUGUUCUGGAGCAGGAGAAGAUCGACAAGCUGAUGCUGGACAUGGAUGGCACAGAAAACAAGUCUAAGUUUGGUGCUAAUGCCAUCCUGGGUGUCUCUCUGGCUGUGUGCAAGGCUGGUGCUGCAGAGAAGGGCGUCCCCCUUUACCGCCACAUCGCUGACCUGGCUGGCAACCCUGAAGUCAUUCUCCCAGUGCCUGCUUUCAAUGUCAUCAACGGCGGCUCCCAUGCAGGCAACAAGCUGGCCAUGCAGGAGUUCAUGAUCCUGCCUGUUGGAGCCAGCACCUUCAAGGAGGCCAUGCGUAUCGGUGCUGAGGUCUACCACAACCUGAAGAAUGUCAUCAAGGAGAAAUACGGCAAGGAUGCUACCAAUGUGGGAGACGAGGGUGGCUUCGCCCCCAACAUCCUGGAGAACAAAGAAGCCCUGGAGUUGUUGAAGAAUGCCAUCGCCAAGGCCGGCUACACCGACAAGAUUGUGAUCGGCAUGGAUGUGGCUGCCUCUGAGUUCUACAAGGGCGGCAAGUACGAUCUGGACUUCAAGUCUCCUGAUGACCCAAGCCGCUACAUCUCCUCUGACAAGCUGGCCGAUCUCUACAAGAGCUUUGUCAAAGAUUACCCCGUGGUGUCCAUCGAGGACCCCUUCGACCAGGAUGACUGGGAGGCAUGGACCAAAUUCACAGCCAGCACCAGCAUCCAGGUGGUGGGCGAUGACCUCACCGUCACCAACCCCAAACGCAUUGCCAAGGGUGUGGCGGAGAAGUCCUGCAACUGCCUGCUGCUCAAAGUCAACCAGAUCGGCUCGGUCACAGAGUCCCUGCAGGCCUGCAAGAUGGCUCAGAGCAACGGCUGGGGUGUGAUGGUCAGCCAUCGUUCUGGAGAGACGGAGGACACCUUCAUCGCUGACCUUGUAGUCGGCCUCUGCACUGGACAGAUCAAGACAGGUGCACCUUGCCGAUCUGAGCGUCUGGCCAAGUACAACCAGCUUCUCAGGAUUGAGGAGGAGCUCGGCGACAAGGCCCGUUUUGCCGGCCAGAACUUCAGGCACCCCAUCUGAGCGGAUUCUUCCUCUUUGGGUCUCGGUGUGUUCAUUGCUCAUAAAUAAUCCCCACACAUGUACGCCACGCUAGGUCGCCUGCCCCGUCUGGAGAGAAGAUGGAGUUAACACUGCUGAAAUCCAAGACCUAAGUCUUGGGUCUGUGGCGUGGAGAAGCGACAGUACGUCCUCGAACAGCCGCAGUUCAGCUCAUCCUCAAACUAUGCUUUAGCUCCUGAAUAGUGUUGGUCUCUGUGUUUGUGUCCGUGUAACUGUGUGAGAGAUUUUCGUUCAGCUUCUCGUGAGUUGUAGUGAUUCUGGUCCUCUACUGAGUAUUCGAGCUACUGUAACUUUAGUAAGGCUCUUCUGCAAGCAGCGGUAAGAGCACUGUAAUGUGCAAUGUGUCGCAUCCGACAAGGUCUUGUGUUGCUGUAAGCGUUGGCAGAAAUGUGUAAUAAAUAAUAUAGUUUGAA